AUGGGUUUACAAGAUUCAAUAGACACAAGAGUUGGAGGAGGAUGGGGAAUCAAAGGAUUAAGUGGUGGAGAAAGGAGAAGAUUGAGUAUUUGUAUAGAGAUAUUAACACAUCCAAAGCUUCUUUUCCUUGAUGUGUCUACAAAUGGGUUAGAUAGUGCUGCUUCAUACUAUGUAAUGAAUAGAAUUAUAGGCAAUGAAAAGAGGAAAGGAAGGACAAUUAUUGCAUCAAUUCAUCAGCCAAGUAGUCCAGUCUUUAGACUGUUUAAUAACUUGUGUUUGUUAUCUGCUGGUAGAACCGUAUAUUUUGGCCCUGCAGAAGCAAACAGGGAUGUUGAAGUAGGUUUGCCCGCUAGAAAAUCAAGGGAGGAAAAUGUCAACUUUUUGGUCAAGUCAUACAAACUAUCUGAUGAUUAUAAUCAAGUCAAAGGAAUCAAUUCAAUGAUACGCAAUCAGAAAUAUGAAAGAUUAGAGACGCAAAAAAGACAUGCCAGUUUCUUUACAGAAUGCGAAGUUCUUACAAGAAGAUCCUUUGUAAACGUGUAUCGUGAUUUGGGUUACUAUUUGAUGCGUUUUUUAGUUUACAUGGUUUUGGCUUUUGGUUUACACACCAUUUGUAUCAUCUCGGGAAUACUUAUGCCUCUAUUCAGUUCGUUUCUCUUGUGUACCAUUAGUAGAAAGCUUAAUGAUGAUUGUAGCCAGUUUAGUGCCUAUAAUUUCCUGAUGGGUAUAAUAAUUGGUGCAGGAAUUCAAGGAUACCCACUUUACUAUAUGUCAUUCACUAAGUAUGCUUAUCAAGGAUUGUUUAAGAAUGAGUUUGGAAAAUUACACAUAUUUAAUGAUCAAGGAAUAAUGAUUAUGGAUGGUGAUUUGACACUUAAUGAUACAUGGCAAAUUGAAAUUGGUUAUUCUAAGUGGGUUAAUCUUGCUAUAUUACUUGGAAUGGCGGUUUUGUAUCGUUUGUUGUUCUUGAUCAUUAUUAAGGUUUCUGAAAAAGUUAAGCCUAUUGUUCUGUUAAUAAAAUGGUUGAGGCAAGUAACUCAAGUCGAUUCUCCUUGA